AUGUCUAUGAGUUGCGAAGUAUUACAUAAGUGGCAAGAAGUUAUGGGAUUUUACAAAAAUACCAAGGGCUCCCCCGCUCGUAUCAUCAAGAAUCCAUCCUCAUUUAUGCACCAAACAUGCGGAUUAAUCGCCCUAAGGUCAAAGCAUCCGGAAACAGAGACCUUGCUAGAACGCUUAAUAUCAAAACUACUUCCAAAAAAAACACAUCCCUCCGAAUGCAUCCUACGCGUUGACCCCUCAUCACCUUCCCAUGCCUAA